AUGACGACUGGUUUCGCGGCGUCCUUCUGGUCGAGCGACUAUGCCGGAGGCCUCGGCGUUCUCUUUGGAAAGCUGCAGCAGGGGGUCCAGGAAAACCAACAGAUUCUGACUGUUGCCCGCAUGCGAGCCGAUGCCGAGGAGGCCUAUGGAAGCAGCUUGUCCGCCAUCACACCAGCCACAGAUCGCAUAGGCGGGGGCUUCAGCAGAGAUGAGGGCGCAAGCGUGCGCAAGGCCUACGAGGGCGUGCGCACCGAGAUGGAGGCAGCGGCCGCCAACCACAAGAAGAUCGCAUCCAACAUCCGAGAACUCGUUGUAAACCCCUUCGGUCGCUGGUGCGAUGCGCAUGCUGCCCGCGUGCAAAACUCCCAGGAUGAUCUUCAAUCGCGCAUCAAGAUACAUGACCGACAAGCCGAUGCUGUCCGCAAGUACCGAUCACAAUACUACAACAAGUGCCGCCUCGUCGAGGAUCUGGAGGAGGAGGAUAAGCUUGCGUUCCAGGACCCCCAAAGCGAGGCCGCACAGAGCCCCAAGAUGAAGGUGCCCACCAUAAAGAUGUCUGAGCCAGAGAACGAAGAAGAAGAGCCCAUCGAUCUUGGUGACGAAACCUACCAGCCCGACCAGGUCAAGAAGAUACUCACGCACAUGCUGGACAACAUCAAGAUCGCGGAGGUCAAGGUUCCCAUCCUCGGUACCUACCAAAACUGCUCAAGCGGUGCCGACAUCACCGAAUACAUCCAGAAGCACAUGGCAGCCACCACAGUGAGCUAUGCGGAGCGCAUUGGUCAGGACCUCGUAGCACAUGGCUUCCUGCGCUUAGUCGGCAAUGUCGGCAACACUUUCGCGAACAGCUCUCGAAUGAACUACCAAUGGAAGCCCAAGACGUUCCAGGUUACUGGACUGCCUGAGAAGAAGCAGCCCCUGGCUCGAUCUUCCACCGCCAUGUCGGCCUCGUCAGCUGACAGCAUUGCUGUUGAUUCACCCGUCUCAACCGUGCAGGAAUACCUCCAGGGAUGGAACCCACUUAACAACCAGUACCCGAACGAGACACCAGCAGAGAGACUUAGGAGGGAGGCUCACGAGUCAGAUGAGCGCUACAAGGCCUCUGUCAAGAAGCUUGACUCCCUACGCUGCAAUCUGGAAGAGGCUAUGGUGGAUCACCUCAAAUUUAUGGAGCGUUGCGAACUGGAUAGGCUGAAGGCCAUCAAGGCGGUCAUCCUGGAUUUCUCUGGUGCUGUCAGCAACGUCAUUCCUAGUCUACAGAGCACCGUCGACAAGAUGAUGCUGUUCCAAGAGACCGUUCAGCCUCUAGGUGAUCUCCGAUACAUGCUCGAGAACUACAGGACUGGGCCAUUCGUGCCUAGAGUUACGACCUAUGAGAACUACUACAACUCAGUAGACGAGCAAACAUUCGGUGUAGACUUGGAGGCUCGGGCUCGCUCAGACAAAAAGCGUGUUCCAGUGCUCAUUACCACUGUCCUUACAUUCUUGGACAACCACUAUCCCGACUUGGAGGGCGACGAAGCUCGCCGUGGUAUCUGGCUCGUUGACGUCCCUCUGGCGCAAACCCACACCCUUAGGUCUGAGAUCAACACUGGCAAGAGGUUCCCUGAUGAACUACUCGAGAAGUACGACGUACCCAUCGUUGCUAGUGUCCUUAAGCUUUACCUUUUGGAACUACCUGACUCACUGGUUUCUUCUCACGUCUACGAAAUUGUCAAGACUAUCUACAGCACCACCGCUACGGAUGUUUCUGAAGAGACUCGGGUCUCUGUUCUUCAAUCUACUCUUGGCCAACUACGUCUCGCUAACAUCGCAACGCUGGACGCUAUCUGUACCCACUUCACUCGUCUCAUUGAGCUGACUUCGGCCGACGAGACUUAUGUUACAGCACUGGCCAAUGCGCUUGCGCCAUGCAUUCUGAGGCCAAGACAAGAAUCAAGUCUGACGAUGAACGAGCGCUAUAGCUACCGUCUCGUCCGCGACCUUUUCGCACACAAGGAUGCAAUCUUCGGAGAGUUGAAGCGCGCGAGCACACUCACUCACUCGGCUUCGGGCGCCCAGCGUCCACGGGCGAUUUCAACUGAUGAGAGUAACCGACGGGCAAACAUGGAGGAGCGCCAGCGUGCCAUCGCGGCUCAGCGUUCUCCUCGGGCGACUUCGCCAGCACCUGGCUCGCGCGUCUCUGGCUCACAUCGCCGUGACCGAAGUCAAACUCGAUUCCCAGUGAACACAUCAUCACCCACCGAAACGCGGAGGAGUAACGGAACAAACCGUGGUUCGCUUGAGGUGCCCGGAAGCGACGACAGUCCUACUCACGAGACAACUCCUGUAACCACGAACGGCACAACAGAGGCUGCCACUGCUCCUGCUCCUGCUGCCGCGCCUGCACCUGCUGAGCACCCAGCGCCCUCGAGCACUCGGGUGCCUUUCCCACGAAAACAUGCAGGCAGCCUGACGAGGGGUAACAGGGACUCUACUGGUAGCCUGAGGGGUGAAGACAUCGCGCCGAGAGGCGUCACGCUAGAAGACACUGCGCCACGAGGUGUUACGCUGGAAGACAAGCCCAUGGACGAUUAG